UUUUCCCACGGAAGUAUCCUCCCAUUUUCCAUAGGUUUCGCAAGGUUUGCAUUGACGGUAGUGUGCGUUUCUCUGUUGGAAGAAUUUAGUCGUUUUGGCAUGACAUUCGUGUACAGCAGUAUUUGAAUUUUUGGAGGCAUGUCCAAGAAAAGGGGCAGAAAGCGGAGUAGCGGGGAGCUGAGUGACACCACAGUGAUGACCCCUGACCCCAACAGUCUCCUGGGAGUGAGAAUACAACACAACUGGAGGGAGAAGGGCAGCCAGAGCAAAUGGAAAGGCACCGUCCUGGACCGUCUCAGUGUCAACCCCUCACUAUUCAUGAUCAAGUACGACGGGUUUGACUGCGUCUACGGCAUCGAGCUAUUCAAGGACGAAAGGGUGUCUAAUCUACAGGUCCUCACGGAGAAACUUGUCAACAACAAGAUCAAGGUUCCUCACGGGGCAGAGGAUUUGGUAGGCAAAGCGGUGGAGCACCUUUUUGAGAAGGAGGAUGGAGAGAAGAACGAGUGGCGAGGCAUGGUCCUCUCCAGGGCUCCCAUCAUGACUAACUGGUAUUACAUCACCUAUGAGAAGGACCCCGUGCUCUACAUGUACCAGCUGUGGGACGAUUAUGCCGAGGGAGAUCUCAGGAUCUUACCUGAAGCAGAAAAUAAACACUUGCUUCCGGCCGACCGAAAGCCCGGCGAGGAGACUGAGAGUCUCGUGGGUAAGCAGGUUGAGUAUGUUACUGACAAAGGUGUGAAGCGAACAGGCCUAGUGAUCUACCAAGUCCCUGCCAAGCCUUCUGUAUACUACAUCAAAUAUGACGAUGACUUUCACAUCCAUGUCUACGACCUGGUCAAGACCACAUAGGACACUUGUUUACUCCCAUCGCUUACUUUUCACUUAUCCUCCUCUCUUGAUCUCUCUAAAGGCCCUGGAGGGUUUAACAGUUAUGCUUUGUCAUUCAGGAAGUGCAAUCUAUUAGUCCACAUUGAAUCUAGUUCUAUGAUAUGCACAGCAGAACUGUAGCAAUGCUAUUGUAGGCCAUUAGGAGGAGGGUGGGAACGUGUACACUUGGAAGGACCUUUUUACCCUCCCCACUUCUUUGGUUACCCCAUUUCGUGGUUGUGCUCCACCAUAGACUCACAUCUUGGACAGUUCAGGAGUGCACCUUGCCCUAUGAUAGACUCACAUCUUGAACAGUCCAGAAGUGCACCUUGCCCUAUGAUAGACUCACAUCUUGAACAGUCCAGAAGUGCACCUUGCCCUAUGACAGACUCACAUCUUGGACAGUCCAGGAGUGCACCUUGCCCUAUGACAGGCUUACAGUAUAGUGCAAGAAUGACCACAUUUCAAUUGUCUCCCACAUCCUGAUGCUUAAUUCAAAGCAGAACUGAAUUAUAUAUUAUAAAACUAAAAGCUGUCCCCAGUAGCCAUUCAUAUUUGGUCCUUGAAUGACCAAACAGCGAGCAUGAUGUAUAAGUGAAUCUUUGUAGAGACUAGUUUGAGCUGUUUUGUUCAGUGGUGUUAGCUUUGAAAGUGAAAUGCAGUAAGCUGUGAUGCCCCUGAAAGCAUCAUUACAUUUUUUUGUUGUCUUUAUUAAUAGACAACUAACUUUGUUUGAUUUGUGUCAGUCAGUUCAUAGACAAUCAUUCCUUGAUAAACCCACAAUGCUAUCAUUGGAUUCAUAGCACUGGGUUGCACUGGCCUAGGAGUAGUGUAUAGCAGUGUCUCCCAACUCCAGUCCUCGAGUACCCCCAACAGCACACCAUUUUGUUGUUGGCCCGAACAAACUCAUCUGAUUCAACUCAUUGAGGGCUUGAUGAUUAGUUAACCAUUGGAAUCUGUGUGCUUAUCCAGGGCUACAACAAAAAUGUUUGCUGUUGGGGUUAUUGGACGACUGAAGUUGAGAAGCACUGCUGUGUGGUGAUGGUUCAAACACUAUUUUGAACUGCCUAAUAUAACAUUCAUAAUGCUGAAUCAAGACUUGUUAGAAACAAGGAAUACAGGUCUUCAUAAAGUUAGGGCCAGGAGUUUUUCCUUGACCACACAACCUGAUGAGUUGUCCAGAUCAGGGAAACUCCUGGCCCUAACAGUACCUGACAUGUUCAAAACAUCCUCAGACUGUAUGAUUAGCUUGAGGAGUAGAAUAGAGGCAGGGCUUCACUACAUUCUGAUCUUCAAUAGAAAGCAAACAAGCAUCAUAAAGUGCCUUCAGGCUGAUCAUGUUGCCAUACUCUAUAUAUUUGCUAACCUCUCACAAUUUUAUUCUGUUUAAUGUUAAAGCCACUAUUUGGUCAGUAUUAGUAAAAGUAAAAAAUGCUCGAAAGAAACAAACUUGUCAAAGACUGCGUGACAAGGUUGUUGCUAUUGUCUGUUUGUAUUUGAGAAUGUGUGCAAUGUUGGCAGUUACUGCAGUAUACAAUAAUUUCCCCUAAUAUAACAUCCAUGACCAACAACAAGUGGUAUAUUGUAGCAAUGGGAAACCAUAAUGGUAAAACGCAUGGAGAAAAUAAAACAUUUAUAACACGGCAUACAGUAUUUAUUCUGUAACUUUAGAUUGUGUUGUAAAUGUAUGCUGUUGUGAUUACUCCCGUUAUAUUGUAAAUAUCACAUUGAAACACCAGCUUUUACAACCCAUCUACAAAUCUAACCUAGAGAAAUGCAGCAAAGACAGCUUCCAAAAAAUCCUUAGGCCUGGUCCCUUGAGAGGAAAAAUACAAGUUUUCACUUUUUAAUCUUAUUUUAAAGACUUGGGAGCUACACUCCAUAAUGUAAUCACAGGAAGUCCAAAACUAAAAUGGACUGGCUAGGAGAAUUCAGAUUUACAGUCAGUCUCCUGUCCUACUCACCACUCCAGGGUAUCCAGUCUAUCUCUUUACACAGUACAUUGGUCCAUGGUGCAUAAGGGUCAUUGUACUUAGGCUGUGUUUAGACAGGCAGCCCAAUUCUGAUCUUGUUUUUCACUAAUUGUUCUUUUGACCAAUCAGAUUAUCUCUGAAAAAGAUCUGAAAGGAUCUGAUGUGAUUGGUCAAAAGUCCAAUUAGCGGGGGGAAAAUACUGAAUUGGGCUGCCAGUAAAAAUGUAGCCUUUUAUUGUCAGAUUUGCAUGCAUAACUUGAAUGUAACCAAGCAUAUUGGUUAUGACAGUUGCAGAGGUAUAAUAUGAUAUAUCUGGCAGAUAAUUUUGUGGCAGUCUUUGCAGUCCAAUUUUAGUAAAAUGUUUAGCUUGAAAAUGUGACUGUAAAAAAACUAAAUUGUCAGGGCUUAUCUAUAGACGGGUUAGCUGACGUCAAGAAAACGAUGUGCAGGCUUCAAUGGGGCAGAAGACAGUGUGUUGUGAUUCUGGAUGGUCAGAUAGCUAGCAACAAUGACAAGAACCUGCCACGUUUGGAAUCUGUAGGUGGCUCGUUUUAUCUAGUUCUUGAUACCAUUUCUUGUUUUAAGGCAUUUUGACUGAUGUCACAUCUAUGCUAAUAAUCUGUAACGUUAUAUUUGAGGGACAAGUGUAUGGGGUCAAUUUCACGCUAUAUGUAUUGAAUUUAAAAAAUGUAAAAACGUGAACAUGAAAAAUAAAGUUGAGAAUGUUAACAUAUUUUCGAGAACAGGUGAAAUAAUAGAUGUUGAGAUCAAAAACCAAACAAUUGAAAGCAAAAUGUAUAGAAUUAUAAACAAAAAUAAUACAUCAAAAACUUUUAAGCGAAUAAUUUUAAAGCGAGAGCAAAACUCUAUGACAAAUGUUUUAUUUAUUUAUUUGAAAACGAAUGCAUAAAUAGUUUUCGGUUAAAUUUUCAACCAAUCCUAUUGGAUACAUUUUGCCUACGCUCUUGCCUGCAUGUGCUACCUUUUUGUUGCGCAACUCGUAUCUUUGCUUUUGAUGUCAGUUUCUUUGCUUUCACUACCAGUCUUUUCGAUUGCAAGUUUUGGCAUUAUUUUUCUGUGAAGGGCGGGGUUUAGAGGAACAUGAUAGACAGGCUUUUUUUCUAUUACCUACUUAGGUAGACGGUCUGAGGUCACCUGGUUUUAGGGUUUUAGCUAACGUACUUUAAAAUUGUCAGUCACGGGUAAAUAAUGUACGGAUAUUAGAAGCAUGUCUAUCUAAUACAUUUAAUGACAAACCAUCUAACUACUUAGGUAAACAUAUGACUUACCUGUUGCGCAGGUGUUGGUAACUGGUUCGCCAUACACCUGCGCCAAACGUUGUGCAACAGGUAAGUCAUAUGUUUACCUAAGUAGUUAGAUGGUUUGUCAUUAAAUGUAUUAGAUAGACAUGCUUCUAAUAUCCGUACAUUAUUGACCCGCGACGGACAAUUUUAAAGUACGUUAGCUAAAACCCUAAAACCAGGUGAUGUCAGUCCGAAUACUUACAGACUUUUUUUCUAUUACCUACUUAUCAUGUUCAUUGAUUGGGUUAAGACGAACCGUCACUUCAAAACUAGUGGACCAAUGGAGACUCAUUGUCUACACCUCCCUCUAAUCCCCGCCCUUCACGGGAAAAUAAUUUCAAAACUCGCAAUUGAAAAGACUGGUAGUGAAAGCUAAGAAACAGCCAACAAAAGCAAAGAUACGAGUAGUGUAAGAGCGUAGGCAAAAUGUAUUCAACAGGAUUGGUUGCUGGGAAAGUAUAACCGAAAACGAUUUUUGCAUUCUUUUUCAAAUAUAUAUAUUUUUUACCAUUUGUCAUAGUUAUCCUCUCGCUUUAAAAUGAUUUGCCUACAAGUUUUGGGGUUUUGCUUUUGAUGUCUUAUUUUAGUUUACAAUUCUAAUCAUUUCGCUUUCAAUUGUUUGGUUUUUAAUUUCAACAUCCAUUAUUUCACCCGUCCUCGAAAACAUGUUCACAUUCUCAACUUUAUUUUUCAUGUUCACGAUAUAUUUUAUUUUGAAUUCAAUACACAUGGCGUGAAAUUGACCCCAUACAAGUGCUCAUUGUUCACAUUUAUGUUUUCAAUAAACAUUGGAGACAAAAUAUAGUUUGUCAAAAAUUUUGUUGCUAAACAACAAACCUAUCAAUGCUACUUGUAUCACCACCAUUUGUGUUGUGGUGUUUCUAUGUACAGUAAAAUGAAACUCCAAAAGA